UUAUGUUUUGUUUCGGUUACAGCUGUCAAUUUUUAAUAUUUGAAAUACACAUGUGUGUUUAGUUUUGUAAAAUUUUGCAUUUUUACUAAUUAAAACUCGAAAAAUGGUCAGAAAAAGAAAAAUUCCAGCAAGAAAACACCACGGAAUUCGUGACCCUAUUAAGCAGAAAUCCGUUCAAUUGGCAAAACUAAAAAAUGUGACGAAUAAUCCACCAGUAAAAGGAGGCAAAGAAAAACUUUCAAAAAAGUUUGCAGAAUUUGUUAAGUUAGCCAACGCUGCACAAAGCGGUAAGAAAAUGAAAAGGAUACACCGGGGCAUAGAAGACAAACCAAAGGAAACGACCCAAGGCAAGGGCAAAUCGAAGACAACAAACGCAAAUACCGGGAGUAAAAUAAGACCUAUUAAGCAGUUGGCUAACGAAACCGAUGAGGAUUAUAUUCGUCGAGUGAACAGAAUGACAACCGAGUCUCUCAAAGAAGCCGAAUACGAAGCAAAGUAUGGAGUAACCGUUGUUAGAGACGCAAAAACAGGUGCAAUUUCGAUAAAAAAGAAGCCUACUAAUGAAAUAGAUGAAAUGAUUAAAAGAAAAAAAUCAGGAAAACCUCUAGAAAAAUCUGGAGUGAUUAAAAUGGAUCCAAAAGAGGCCAAGGCACUCAUCAAACAAGCAAUUCGAGAGGAUAAUGAAGAGUCUAAAAAAGAAGGAUUGCAAGAAUUCAAGAGGGAUGUUUUUAAAUUUGGAGAAGUGGUGCACGCACCUCCAACGUUAUCUACUCUUCCCCGCAAGGCAGUUCGUAGUGAAACUGUCCCACGGCCUGGAAAAAAAGAUAACCUGCUAUUGAAGUCCAUGCUAAAAAGUACAACUAAAGAGUCCAUCCCCAAGGUCGCAACAGAGGCACAGCAAGCUCAGAAAGCUCCUCGGAAAUUCAAGGGAAAGUUGAAGGGAAAGCUUAAGGACCUGCCUCCUGUUACCAGAGCAAUGAUAGAAAAAGAGCAGAACAAAGUUAUUGAUAUGUAUAGGCAGCUUAAAAAGAAUAAACAAUCACUGUAGGGUACAUACACCAUAAGAAAUACUGAUUUUGUUAUUUUUUUUUGUUUAUUUGUAACGAGAACACAUGGCAUAAAAUCGAAUGUAUGUUUUUUUUCGAUUGAGGAAUUUAACAAGGUUAUUGAAGAUUUCACAUUCCAUUGGCAGUUUUCUGUAAUCGGU